AUGCAUGAAUACAUUACAACAUUUUUCGUAUAUCACCGGGAAGAUGGAAUUUUUGCAAAAAAAGUUACGAGACCAUCAGGGGUCGAACCUGAGACCUACCGGUUCGUAGCCGGUCGUUAUAUCCAACUAAACUAUAGUCCCUAUUAUGAUGGUCAUGUUUAUGUGACCCCUAUUCGACUAUCUUCAAUGUUUUGA